UUGCCAAUUAUUCAACACGAUGUUCUCAAAUCAAGGAUUGCCAAUUUACAGCUACUAAAUAGUAGUACUACUGAAGUUAAUGUUACUGUUAAUGUGUCACCCUCGUCCUACGGUUCUUUGAGAUUGGCACUACACGUGAGACUGGCUUUGAAUCAGCUCAAGAGUUUAGGAUUCAGUGAAAAAGAUAUUGAUGAUGUCAAAGGAAUCUUUGCUGAUACAAAUCUGUAUUUACUGUCAGCCACUGUUUUAAUAGCGAGUUGUCAUUUACUAUUUGACUUCCUAGCAUUCAAGAAUGAUGUUUCAUUCUGGCGUAGUAAGAAAACUUUAGCUGGUUUGUCAUCAAGAACAAUUUUCUGGCGAGCAUUCUCUCAGUCUGUGAUAUUCUUUUAUCUUCUCGAUGAACAGACCUCAUUACUUGUUCUGAUUCCUGCAGGAAUUAGUGCCUUAAUCGAGAUAUGGAAAGUGAAGAAGGUUUUACAUUUACGUAUAACAUGGCGUCCGUUCCGUAUAUAUCGGGAAGUGACGUCAGACGAGGCUGAGAAGACGACCGCCCGGGCUGAUGCUGAGGCUAUGAAAUAUCUAUCGAUGUUACUAUACCCGCUGUGUGUAGCAGGCGCUAUAUACUCACUGGUCUACGAACCACAUAAGAGCUUGUACUCUUGGGCGUUGCACAGUGUAGUGAACGGCGUGUAUGCCUUCGGAUUCUUAUUUAUGCUGCCGCAGCUGUUCGUGAACUACCGCCUGCGGUCGGUGGCUGCUCUGCCGUGGAGAGCCUUCAUGUACAAAGCCUUUAACACCUUCAUAGACGACGUCUUCGCCUUCAUCAUCACUAUGCCGACCGCGCACAGAGUAGCUUGUUUCAGAGACGACCUGGUGUUUGUUGUUUAUCUGUACCAGAGAUGGCUCUACCCGGUCGAUAAGACCCGCACCGACACGUCUGUCAGUAUGGACGAAACUACCGAGGAAGUUACAGACAAACAGAAGAACGACUGA